AUGAACAUCCAAUUAAACUGUGAAACGUGCGUGAAAACGAAAUACCACCCAAAUACCACUAACGCCCAAUGGAAAGGAGUAUGGAAUAUACCAGAUAUACCAUUUAGAAGAAUCAACAUAGAUAUCAGAGGACCGCUACCGGAAACAAUAAGGAGAAAAUCAUAUCUACUAGUUAUAAUAGACGAUAUGAGCAAAUAUGCAAUAACAAUACCAUUAGAAAAGACAACAGGGGAAAGUGUAGUGGAGACACUAAACGCAAGAGUAUUUGCUAUCUACGGAAUACCAGAAACCAUAAGAUGCGACCAAGCAUCAUAA